AUGAAAAUAUCAGGUGUCUUUCUGCUCCUCUCUCUGGCUCUUUUCUGCUUCUUCUCAGAAGAUAAAGUUUUUUCUUUUUUCUUUUUUUUUUUUUCUUUUUCAGGUGUCUUCAGUCAAGGAGGACAGGUUGAUUGUGGUGAGUUCCGGGACCCCAAGGUCUACUGCACUCGGGAAUCUAACCCACACUGUGGCUCUGAUGGCCAGACAUAUGGCAACAAAUGUGCCUUCUGUAAGGCAGUGGCGAAAAGUGGUGGGAAGAUUAACCUGAAGCAUCAUGGUAAAUGCUGA